AUGGAGUCCCUGUCCGGGUACGUGUACAAGGCGGCCAGCGAGGGCCGCGUCCUGACCCUGGCCGCGCUGCUCCACAACCACUCCGAGGGGGAGGUCCGCUACCUGCUGGCCCACGUGACCCAGGUGGCCGGCCAGAGGUCCACCCCGCUCAUCAUCGCGGCCCGCAACGGCCACGACAAGGUGGUCCGGCUGCUGGUGGACCACUACAAGGUGGACACGGAGCAGACCGGCACGGUCCGGUUCGACGGCUACGUCAUCGACGGGGCGACGGCGCUGUGGUGCGCGGCGGGCGCCGGCCACUUCGAGGUGGUGCGUCUGCUGCUGAGCCACCGCGCCAACGUGAACCACACCACCGUCACCAACUCCACGCCGCUGCGCGCCGCCUGCUUCGACGGGCGGCUGGACAUCGUGCGCUACCUGGUGGAGCGCCGCGCCGACAUCCGCAUCACCAACAAGUACGACAACACCUGCCUGAUGAUCGCCGCCUACAAGGGCCACGCCGACGUGGUCCGCUUCCUGCUGGAGCGCGGCGCCGACCCCGACGCCAAGGCCCACUGCGGCGCCACGGCGCUGCACUUCGCCGCCGAGGCGGGCCACCUGGAGAUCGUGAAGGAGCUGGUGCGCCGCCGGGCCGGCAUGGCGGUGAACGGCCACGGCAUGACGCCGCUGAAGGUGGCGGCGGAGAGCUGCAAGGCGGACGUGGUGGAGCUGCUGCUGGCGCACGCCGACUGCGACCGGCGCAGCCGCAUCGAGGCGCUGGAGCUGCUCGGCGCCUCCUUCGCCAACGACCGCGAGAACUACGACAUCCGGCGGACGUACCACUACCUGCACAUGGCCAUGGCGGAGCGCCACCACGACCCGGAGCGCGCCCUCGCCGAGGAGCCGGCGCCGCCGGCCGUGGAGGCGUACGGCGGGCGCGGCGAGUGCCGGACGCCGGGCGAGCUGGAGGCCAUCCGGGCGGACCGCGACGCGCUGCACAUGGAGGGCCUGAAGAUCCGGGAGCGCGUGCUGGGCGCCGACAACGUGGACGUGUCGCACCCCAUCAUCUACCGCGGCGCCGUGUACGCCGACGGCAUGGAGUUCGAGCGCUGCAUCAAGCUGUGGCUGCACGCGCUGCGGCUGCGGCAGCGGGGCAACCGCAGCACGCACAAGGACCUGCUGCGCUUCGCCCAGGUGUUCUCCCAGAUGGUGCACCUGAAGGAGGCGGUGCCGGCCGCCGCCGUGGAGCAGGUGCUGAGCUGCAGCGUGCUGGAGAUCCGGCGCAGCAUGGUGCGCGCCGGCGCGGCGGCCGAGGCGGAGCGGCCGCAGGCGGCCGACAACUACGAGUCCAACGUGUUCACCUUCCUGUACCUCACCUGCAUCUCCACCAAGACGGCGUGCGGCGAGGCGGCGCGCGCCCGCAUCAACCGGCACGUCUACGAGCUGGUCCGGCUGGACCCGCGGUCGCGCGACGGCGCCUCGCUGCUGCACCUCGCCAUCAGCUCCAGCACGCCGGUGGACGACUUCCACACCAACGACGUGUGCAGCUUCCCCAGCGCGCCCGUCACCAAGCUGCUGCUGGACUGCGGCGCGCCGGUGAACGCCGCCGACUACGAGGGCAACACGCCGCUGCACGUCAUCGUGCAGUACAACCGGCCGAUCAGCGACUUCCUCACGCUGCACGCCAUCAUCAUCGGCCUGGUGGAGGCCGGCGCCCACACGGACAUGACCAACAAGCAGAAGAAGACGCCGCUGGACAAGAGCACCACGGGCGUGUCGGAGAUUCUGCUGAAGACGCAGAUGAAGAUGAGCCUCAAGUGCCUGGCGGCGCGCGCCGUGCGGCGCCACCACAUCUCGUACCGCGGCCAGAUCCCCGAGACGCUGGAGGAGUUCGUGGCGUUCCACUGAGGCGGGGAGACGAGGCGCGGCGUUCUUUUAAAAGAAAUAUUUUUUUAUCAUUUUCUAUCUAAUCCGACGGGCGGCGCCGAACGCUUUUCUCACACGGCGGGUUUAUUCAUUUAGUUUCUGUUUGAAGUUUUAAUCGGAACCAGCAGGCGGAGUUUCAGAGGACGUGUUGCCUUAUAUCUGGAACUACAACCAGCUUCUUACUUUAUAUUUAACGCUUCCGUGGCGACGAGUAUUUGUGCACUUUGUGCCCCAAAGUAUGCCGACGGCCACGCGUGCUCAAAGGACGCCUUUCAAAAUAAAGCGCCGUCCCUUUAGCAGGAGGACCCGUUGGAGGGGUUGGACUCGGCGUCCGCAUACUUUUGGCCGCGUCGUGUUCUUUUUGGUUCAGAAAACACAAACCAAAAAUAUUCCCUCUGUCGACGCUGGUGCGUGAGCUUUUAUUUUGAAAAACCUGCGUUUGAGGACACAAGCACAGAAACUAUGAAUGUAUGAAUUAUCAGUUUUAAUGAGACGAGGAAGACAAAGACAACAGGAAGAGAUUUUAAAGUGUUUUCGUCUGGAACAAGACUUUUAUUCCUGUAGAAUGUUUUGUUUUUUAAGCACGAAGAACGACUUUUAAAGGACUUUAUUUUACUUUUAUUUAUUUGCUUGUCCUCAAGUUUGAGUUGUUCUGACUUUUGUUUCUUCAACUGGUUUCUACUGUUUGUGCCUUGUGGUCUUGGAGCUUGUGGUCUAGGGCUCCUGCACAAUGAACUGGGGGGUCUAGAGGGGGUCUCUGGGGUGUCGAUAACGUGCCAUUCCUUCGUAUCCGUCUGACUGCAGGCGUCUGGAUUUCUGUUCUGGUGGAGCUGGAAACCUUUAUUCUUAUUUUUAUGAUUAUAUUAUCCUUUGUGGCUGAAAUGAAGCCAAAGAUCGUUGUGAUGAAACAGGAAACAGUUGUUGUGUACUUCCUGCAGAAUGAACGCCGUCAAAUUAAAAGUCUUGUCUGCAUUGA